AUGCAGCUUGCCGUUCGUCAAGAAGAUGCUGACAUUUUAUUAAAACAAAAGAACAUUUUAGAUGAGCCUGUUGUUGAAAAAUACAGGGUUGCUGGUCAAAUAACCCAAACGGCCUUAGCCUAUAUCACAUCAUUGAUAAACAACUCCUAUCAUUUACAAACAUCACCAAAGUUGACUAUCCAGCAGUUAUGUUUAUUAACAGAUUCAUUUUUAUUAAAAUUGUUAUCCCGUCAAUAUGUCAAUAAAGUCAAUGAAAAAGGUGUUGCUCACCCUACAACAAUAAAUGUUAAUCAAUUACUCAAUGGGUUUUCACCCGAAAUUGAUGAUGAUCGUGAAUUUUUCUUGAACCAAGGUGACGUCGUAACUAUAAGUUUGGGUGUUCACAUUGAUGGUUAUACUUCUCAAGUCAGUCAUACUUUGGUUAUUUAUCCGCCAUCGGCAGAUGCAAAACCAGAGGGUCCAUUAUUGGGAAGUAAUGCUGAUGCAUUAUGUGCUUGUCAUCUUGCAACUGAAUCAGUAGUUGUAUUGCUUGGAUGCUCAUUGUCCCCAGAAAAGUUGCCAGCUAACUUGAGAAACGCAAACAACACCGUAGCUGGUUCGCAAAUUCGUGAAUUAGUUGAUGCAAUUGCUGAUUCAUUCAAUUGUGUUGUUGUUCCGGGCUCCAAAAUAAGAAGAGUCAGAAGAUUUUUAGCAGGUCAAGCUGAAGGCAUUGUCGCCGAGCGUGAUUUCAAAGGUGUGGUUUGGGAUGAAUCACAUCAAGAAGCCCGUUUGUUGAAACAAUCAACUAAUAGUUCUACAGAUGUGAUUUUACUGGACUCCAAUAAACCAGUUCAAACCAACAACUCCAGUGCCAUUCCAACCGAUGAUUUUAUUAUAGUGCCAGGUGAAGUGUAUCAAAUUGAUAUUCGUAUGGCUGGAUUAUCAGAUAUUGAUGAAAUUGGUAUUGUCACCACAGAAGAAAUCGAUCAUUUUACUGGUAAGAAUAAUAAACAAGACUUCAAUGCCAAGAGUUCUAUAUUUAUUCGUGAUUUUGCCGUUACUCAUCAAUUAAAAUUAAAGACAUCCAGAAAGUUAUUAGGUGAAAUUGACAGACAAUUUUCAGUUUAUCCUUUCAAAUUGGAUUAUGCCAGUAAAAACUUCCCUGUAAACACAGAAAGUUCAGAAGAGGAAAUUAAACAGCAAAUUGCUGCUAUUAGUGAGGACAUGAAAUCUAACCGAUUGGGUGCAGCUGAAUUAUCCAAUCGUCAUUUAAUCCAACCAAAACCAAUCCAAACCACCAAGUUCAUUCCAUUAAAAGAAAUCUUAUUAAGUGCCAACCCAACUGGAAAACAUGGUAUUGAUGCUACUAAGCCAGUGUUACCAGGAAUGGAGAUUCCCUUACCGAAUUUGGGCGUGUCUUCUUUGAAAUUAAAGUCUUUAUUGAAGACUGGAACAAGUAUCAACAAUGUAAGAGAGUCAACUACUGUUGCAAUUAAUGAAAACAACCAAGAAUUGAUUAGAUUGACUGGCGGUGAAUCUACUGCCAAGUCUAACUGGGUGCAUUCUCAAUAUAAAUUGCCAGGCCCAUUAAAUGAGACUAUUGGUCAAUUGGUGCAACUAAGUAAAGAUAAGAGAUUUGGUAUAAAAAUCAAGGAGGUGGUUCCUUACAAGGUGCAGCAAACUAACAUGUCUGUAGAAUCUAUGCAAAUAGAUUAG